GUAACGAUAACAUGUGCAUAUAUAUAGAUAAUAUAAUAGUAGUUCGGUUUCACUUUCUCUCUCUACAAAUCUCAGUUUCUCUCUCUGAAACCCUAAAUUUUGAUUUAAAAAAAAAUAGUGAAUUACAUUUCUCAAUUCAAUUCGAUGUUUGAUGAGAUCGUCAUUGUAGCAAAACCCUAACCAUGUCUUGGGGACUUGGUUGGAAGCGACCUUCAGAGGUUUUUCAUUUGACUUUUAACUAUGGUUCCGAAGAAACCCUGGACGAUCACAGCCCUUCUUCUUCAUCAUCAUCAUCAUCAAGGUCCUCAUCGGAAUCGGAAUCCGCUGCAUCAGCAUCGGCACCGGCACCGGCACCCCAAGAUCAAGAAUUAGGGUUUAGGAUCGAUCUUGAUUGGACGGCUGGUGAUGAUGAAGAUCAGGUGGCUUUGAGGCUGCAAUCGCAGAUAAUGGUAGCUCUGCCAAUGCCUCAGGACUCGGUGGUCGUGGAAUUGAAGGCGGGGAAGGAGGUUGAAGGCAAUGUGGGUGUGGAUAUGAAGGUUUUGAAGCGGAGAGAGCCGCUUAGGGCAGUGAGGUUGAUGAGGGUUGGGGGUUCUGGGCAGCAGAGUGAAGGAAUUGGAGUGCUUACGAGGCUGUUGAAGUCAAAUUUUGUGCCGCCGGGGGCAGCGGCAGGGACUUCUUUGUCUGGGAGUGGUGGAGAUGGGGUGGUGGGUUUUGCUAAUCAUUGGAUGAGUGUUGUUGUGGUAAACCUCAAUGGUUGUGGAUUGUCGGUAUUGCCAGUAGAGUUAACUCAGCUGCCACUUCUUGAGAAGCUAUACCUUGAUAACAACAAGCUUUCAGUUUUGCCAUCUGAGCUAGGCAAUCUGAAAAAGUUAAAAGUUCUCAGGGUUGACAACAAUAUGCUGGUUUCAGUACCUGUUGAAUUGAGACAAUGCAUUGGACUCGAGGAAUUAUCAUUGGAGCACAACAAGCUUGUCCGACCUCUUCUUGAUUUCAGGGCUAUGUCCGAGUUACGUGUUCUUAGACUGUUUGGUAAUCCCCUUGAAUUCCUUCCUGAAAUUUUGCCAUUACACAAACUUCGCCACUUGUCUCUGGCGAACAUCAGAAUAGUAGCUGAUGAAAAUCUAAGAUCAGUGAAUGUGCAGAUAGAGAUGGAGAACAGUUCUUACUUUGGUGCAUCUCGACACAAACUGAGCGCCUUCUUCUCUCUUAUAUUUCGUUUUUCUUCUUGCCAUCACCCACUCAUAGCAUCUGCUCUUGCGAAGAUAAUCCAAGACCAAGGAAACCGUGUAUUUGUUGGCAAAGACGAGAAUGCUGUCCGGCAGCUCAUAAGUAUGAUAAGUAGUGAUAAUCGCCAUGUGGUUGAACAAGCAUGCUCGGCUCUUUCAUCUCUUGCUGCUGAUGUUUCUGUGGCAAUGCAGUUGAUGAAAUCAGACAUCAUGCAACCAAUUGGGAUUGUGUUGAAAUCCGUUGGCCCUGAAGAACUAAUUUCUAUGUUGCAAGUUGUUGUCAACUUGGCUUUUGCAUCUGAUACUGUGGCUCAAAAGAUGUUGACCAAGGAUUUACUGAAAUCAUUGAAAUUGUUAUGUGCCCAUAAAAACCCAGAGGCAAGUCCACUGACUUCGAAGUUAAAAUCAUUAUUUUCUUGUUUCUGUUGCUUGCCGUCAACAACUUGCAAGUCCACUUACUUCGAAGUUAAAAUUUAUUUUCUUGUUUCUGGUUGCGUUUAUGUAACAACAGUUUGA